GAGGAGGUACGAAUGAAAGAGACAAUAGAAGAAGAUGAUGACAAUGAUGGACAGUUAUUAGAAGAGAAGGAAGGCAGAGGAGAUGAUGAUGAUGAUGAUGAAGAGCAAGAGGGCUCUGCUGAGCAUCUCGAGCAAUUAGAGAAUGAAUUACUGGGUCUGGAGCAGUCGGAAAAUCUUCAGGCCCCCGGUGGUAGUGGUGGGCAUCAUUCCAGUGACUCUGAGCUUGAGGACAGCAAAGAACCGAAAGUGUAUGAUUUUGAUGUCAUGAUGCAGAGGAGGAAGGAGGCAAUGGCUAGGGCCAGGAGAAAGAAGAAGAAUGACAGUGACAGCACUGCUUAUGAUGAUCAAAUAUUAGUCAUGAUUAGGCAUAUGAAGGAAGCUGCUGAGGAAGAUAGGAGAUCAAACUUGCAGCAAAAAGCUGCAACAAAGAAACUUCAAUUUCUACCAACAGUCAUAGCACAUCUUAAGAAGUCUGAAUUUCUCAAUGCCCUCAUUGAGUGUGGCAUAUGCUCAGCACUAGCUGACUGGCUUAAACCACUACCAGAUCACUCUCUGCCCCACCAGAAGAUCAGAGAGAACAUUCUAGAUGCUCUUAAACUGUUCCCACUACUUGAUGGGCACAUACUCAAGACCAGUGGCCUAGGAAAGGCAAUAAUGUUGCUGUACAGGCAUCCAAAGGAGAUUAAGAAGAAUAGAGAAAAGGCUGGAAAGCUGAUAAAUAAGUGGGCAAGACCAGUGUUUGGUUUGACUGAUGAUUUCAAAGGUUUGAGCAGAGACGAGAGAGAGGAGCGGGAUUGGGCCCACCUGUCACAAGCAGCCAGGAGACGUUUAAGCUCUGAUAGUAGAGAAUCUGAUCCAUCAAGACAAGAUGAAUUAGAAGCACUGAAACCAGGUGACAAAGGAUGGGUUGGUAGAGCUAGAGUCCCUCUACCCUCCAAUAAAGACUAUGUUGUGAGACCUAAGUGGAACAAGCAACACGAGUUCUCUAAGGGCUCUAGUAAGAAAACCCUGAAUCGCUAUGAGAAGCAGGUACAGAAGAAAAGAGAGAAGACGGCAAGAGGGAAGAACACUCAUGCAGUCUCAAUAAGUAUAGAAGGAAGGAAAAUGCCACUUUAAAGCAUUAUCCCAACAUUAUUCAUUUCUUUCACUCUGUCACCAACCAUUGAUUUUGAAUUAAUGCAUUUAAAUGUUUCUUUAUUGUA